AUGAAUAUUUACGAAGAAUGGUCUUCUUUCAAAACGAUCCGUGCCGAUCUGUCUGGAAUUCCACCAAAGCUGAGUCAAAUACCGCCGUACUUUGGUAAAACGCAGAAGGCUUCCAAUUUUGUACGCCCACAUGUGGAAUCGAACGGAAACAAUCUGAAGGACUGGCUGACAAAUGAAUAUGAUUCAAGGAGAUUGAACACAGGUACGGUGGUCGCACAAAGCAUACGAGACACCAAAAGUGACCUAGGAAUGACUGAAGCGGAAAAACUGGGCAAGUAUUACUGCACGACCGAGGAACAAUCCAUUUUGGCAAUGAUUCAUGCUAAAGAGCUGAUGAUCUCCGACUGGGAGACCUUUACUGCUCGGAAGCAAGUUAUACUUUCUAAAGCUGCAACGGAGCAUCCAUUGAGCGUUCAACCAAAAAGAUCUUUUGAAAAUCUCGUCCCAAGCCUGGAAGCUGCAGUCAAGACACCAAAUUCUGAGAUUGCAGAACCCUGCCCACACGCACAAUUUGCAACGAUGAGAAGUCUUCUCGGGAGCGUGAACUAUCGUCGUCAGUCUGACAGAUCGGCCGCUCUGAACGAAUCGGAGCAGAACCGACUGGCUAUAUCUCAAUCCAUCGUCGGCAACCUGACGAUGAAAGUAUCUCAAUUAGAAAAAGAGAAUUUAUUCCUUACAAGACUUCUCCUUUGGAAAGAAGAAGAACCAUCAGACCGCGGCCACACAGACAACCAAGCUCUCACCCCCAAUUUCAUGACCGACAUCAAAUUAGUAGCACAGCACAGAACAACGGCGAGAGAGAAUGCUCGGAUAGCCAAAUAUUACGACCUCAGAUUGCCGGCGACAAAACUCAUGAAAUUUCGUUCCACCACUUUCGCUAUCAUUUGCAAUAUGAGAGCUACCAUAUCGCAGCAUCAUCUUUUGGAGGGCGGGAAGGUGAAUCCGAGGUUGGAGACAAGAUAUGAAAGAUUGGAAGACGAAUGCUGGGUUAUUUUGAAGGUGAUGCUCGAACGGUUCGGUCCCGCUGAUGCUGCGAAGAAGUUUGAGGGGAGUGUGGUGGUUGAGGAGCUGCUGGAAGAUAUGAGGAGUAUUUACCAGACAUUAUCUAGAAGGACUUUGAGGGAGGCUAUUUGUGUUUAG